AUGAUCAUGUGCCCUCGGAGCUCGUCCUUCGACGGGGCCGUCUCAGUCUCUUACCGCCCAUCCGUCCCGCACCCACCUAUUUCGCCGUCCGGAGUCGAGACGCCGUCGCGGCUAGGCCAGAGCCGUUUGGACGACGUGGGGAUGCGCUCGCUGGAGAGCAAGCUUGAGCUGCUCCACGCGCAGCGAGAGCUGAGCGCCCUUCGCUGCCAGACGUUCAUCGACCAGCUCGAAUCCGCCUUCCAAUCCCAACCUCCCACUCAAGCCGACCGACUCGCACGCCGCCCUCCCUCCGUGCGGGCGCGUCGCGCGUCGCUCGAUCUGUCGAGGGCGGAGAGCGCGCAGUUGGCGCAGGAGCUGCGGUUCUACGAUGAGCCGGCGAGGGUCGGGGCGUCGUGUACCUGCGCGUUGGAGUUGGACAUCGAAGCUACGGAAGCCGCGGUGCAGCACCUCGCUGGCGCCACCGUGCUGGUGGCGGGACGGAAAGAGAGCAUCCGCGCCCACAACCUGGGCCAAACCGCGCAGCACUUAUCCCAGAAAUAA